CUGGGCUUGACGCACGUUUGCAGUUGUACUCAACCUAUCUGAUUUCCAAUGUUUAUGUGAAGCCAUUGAAUGAUCUGCGCUUCUGUGUUGACCACAACUACCAGUAUGUGUGGUCAUUCACUAGGCGCACAUUCAUCCAAGAUACUGACCCUGAAACUGGAGUUGACUUCCGCCAGGAUGCUGAAAAUUCUGCCAAACCUUUUAGUGAAUUAUUUGCGUGCCACUUAACUGAUCAGAAAUUCAAUACGCUUUUUCCACAUAUUUCAUUCACUAAUCUUUCUCAUCACCCCUGGUGUUCCCUGACUGUGGUAUAUGCUUGGCAGGUCUGUUGGCCGUGAUAGUCGCCAGAUUACCCCGAAACUUCGUGGUGAUGGGAGAGGAACAAAAGCUUGUGCGGGAUGUAGUUGUUGUUAACGAAGAUCUUACCCUUGUGCCGCUGACGAUGUGGGAAGAAUUUGUGACCCGUCACGGUGCAGACAUUGAGAAGUUCUUGCAGGCAGGAGAGUGGCCAGUUAUGUUCCUUAGCAAGGUUGGUACAAACAUUUAUCAAGGCUUGUCACUGGCGACUCGUUAUGAUUCCCACAUGGAACUCAACCCUGUUGGUGAGCGUGCACAAGUGCUGAAAAAAUGAGGCAAGAUAACGGAGUUAUUGGGAGAGAAACAAUAUAACAAUGCCCUUGCCAAUAUUGCUGCUCCACUUGCGCAACCCCGCAUAACUCUUUCAUCACUGGAGACUGCUCUUGAUAAGUGGUGUGGGUAUGUGGUAAAAUAAAUUUGGCUGACACUUCUGGGGAGGCGUACUACAUCGGCUGUGAUUAUUGCAAUCGUCGUGUUUAUGCACCAGAAGGCAACACUUUGCAUUGCAAGUUCUGCGGCCAAAAAGCCGGUCAAACAGUUAAACGGUUCAUACUCAAUGCAACCUUUUCUCACAACACGUCUGCCAUUCCGGUGACAUUUUUCACCAAUGAUGUCCUGAAGCUUUACGUUUAUGCUAAGAUGGAUCCUGAAAAUGACUUUGACUUGGAGUCAUUGGAUGCAAAGCUGCAAAGGUUGACGAUUGUUGCUGGGGUAAAACACACCAAAACGAAUGAAGAUGGCCCCCGUGGAAACCCCUACGGUAUUCUGUGCGUUUGCCAGGAAGAGGGGACAAUGAACACUGCACCCCCAGGAGACCCAGUAUCUUCGGACUCAGGUGGAACUGAACUUGCUCAGCCUAAACGCAAGCUUGCAUUUAGGUCACUCCAUGAACUGCCCCAGGAUGAGCCUGCUGAGCCAUCUGCGAAGCCAUCUGAGAAUGAGGAUUACAAUGAUGAUUCCAGUAUAUCCUCAAGCUCUGUGAAGGUUCAGGUUGCCCCAACAAAGAAGAAUGUUGCAGUCAAGACACCGGCUAAACCGUCACACGCUGAAGCUACCAGUUCAUCUACAGUACUUGUCCAGCCAGAAGAGCCUGAAGAUGAUGUCAUUGCUGACCUGCGCCCCAAGAAACGCAAGGCCUAGACCACGCUUGAAGACCCACCUGCCUUUUUGCCACUGAUGUUUGGCUACUGCGCUUGAAUGCCUAAAAAGUGUUGUAUAUACACGCACACUUUUUUUGUCCAAAACUCACGUUUUGUAGGGGCUGUAACAUUGUCCACAGUCAUGGUGUUGUGCAUGGGUCAUAUUGGCCUAUUUCAUUGCUCAUGAUGGUUGUAAAUAUUUUUUUGCUGGUGGUUACUAAACGUGCUAGGUGCACACAAGUAAUUGCAUGCGUUUGCU